AUGGCAGUUGAAAUUGGAAAGCAAGAUGCUGAACUUCAAUUAGAAUUAUGUGAGUUGCAAACAGAUCCAUUAUUAUUAUCUACAAAAGAGAUUGACAUAAGCUUCUGGAAAAAACUACCUAUUUUAAAAUAUCCACUUUUACGAGAAUUUGCAUUAAAAAUGUUAUCCAUGUUUGGGACUACUUACAUUUGUAAAUGUACAUUUUCAAACAUGAAACAUAUUAAAUCAAAGCAUAGAAAUCGACUUACAGAUGAAACAUUAAGUCACCUACUUCGUGUUUCUUUGUCCGAAAUAGAAGUCGACUAA